AUGAACUUGGUCACUGAUCCCGACGCUCACAUCCAGACAGUCAAGCGAACCACUCCUCAAUAUAUCAAGUCCGACUCUCUCAAGUCGUCUUCGGCCACGAACGAAUACUUUUCUGACUAUGCCUCCGAAGUCGCCAGCCGAAAGUCAGACGAUUCCAAAGCCAGCUAUGAGACGCCUCCUUCACGUAUCUCUACGCCUGUACCAGUACAGCACCACCCGAUCGAUUCGGAGAUGACGCUUCCCUCAAGGCCCGGCGCCAUCCAGCCGGCUCCUUUGGUUAUUCGACACAGCCAACCCGCGGGCGCACCAACAACGGUGCGGUUGUUGUCUAGUUUCGACGAGUUGAGCCCUCCGACUCCCGGAGUGGACGAUACACCAUACAUUCGAUUUGCCAUCGAGCAGUUGACAAGAGAUGAGGAUGUCAUUGGCCGUGGCAGGGAUAGUACGCUUCCCGCACCAAAUGUGCCUCUUCCAGCAUCUAUGCCUCCUAUCGAGGCUGAAUUCGACGAAAGCCUGCGUGCCGCAACACCCUCUCCUCCUCCACCGACUCCCCCUCCGCAGCCUGUCUCGCCCCAACCGUCCUCUCGUCCUCCCUCACAAACAGGCCUCCAAGAGGUCAUGAUCCCAGUUGAUCUUUCGAAGGACCUUCGUAUGCGACUCGGCUUUGUACCGCUACCUUUAAGACUGCCCAUUCUCGGACUAUUCCUCCUCCUAUGCCUUUUAAUGAUCGCUGCUCUCAUAUUUGGCCUGGUCUUUGCAGGCACGAAUCACGCACUCUUCAACUAUGAUGGGAACACGACGCCGCGCUAUUUUGUCUUCCAGUACCUACCACAACUGGUUGGCAUACUCCUGAUUCUGUGGCUUUUUGUGAUCGAAGCCGCUGUGUACAGAUCCCUCCCUUACUACUGCAUGGGCCCAGGUCGUCGCAAUCACUGGGUUUUGCAAAAUAUGCGAAUUCUACCGGCAAACUAUCUCCUGCCCGAUCUCACUUUCUUCCGGAACGGCGAGAGCCUGCUGGGUGUGACAUUCUUAGCCUUUUGGCUGAUGAGUUUUACUGUCCCGCUUCUUGCAUGCGUGUUCCAGACGCAAUGGAUCACAGAUGAUGGGCCGGCGCGUUUCCGAUGGACGACUGUCAGAGGCGUCGGCUGGACUCUAGUGGCGCUAUAUGCCCUUCUAUGCCUUGGAAUCUUGUAUUGCGCUGUUCGCUUUCGACGACGCAAUUCCAACUUGCUCUGGGAUCCCUCCUCUCUGGCGGAUCUGAUUUGUUUGUUCCGGAGGUCAAACGUGGGUCCGGAUUUCGAGCAAAGCGAGAUAUCACCACAACCGAAUGUGCAGAUCCCGCCUAGGAAUCUGCGCCUGGGUUUCUUCACCACUUCUGAACGACCGGAAGUAUUUCAUGGAAUAGGGGAGGAGUACGCACCUGUCAAACGCCUAUCAUUCCUGCCCGAGAAGCCGAAAGCUGCCCAUGUUCCAACCGAGCAGGGUGAUCUUGAAGCACAACGGCAUUCUUAUGGCUCUGCGUUCGCCCGCAACAUCCAUUCGCCAUUUGUCCGAUACCGCUGGACGCCUUGGUUCCUCCGCGACUCACUUGUAUUGGCAUGGAUUGUGGCAGCUAUCUUGCUAGUCAUCGCCUUUUUAGUCGUCAGCUUUGUGAACAAGGCGGUCGAAGAUGGCUUCCGCCCUCUCCUCCCAUCCGUGACGGAUUCGAGUGGCUUCUCACCAGCCAACUUUCUCUACAGCUUCUUGCCAUCACUCUUCGGCAUGGUGCUGUUCCUCGCCUGGCAGCCGGUUGACAUGUACUACAGAGCAGUGCAGCCGUUUCGCAAUCUCUCCCAGCCUACUGGUGCAACUGCGAAAAACUCGCUUCUGCUCGCAUACCCUUCCUAUGGACAUGUACGAGUCAUACUCCGGGCCCUGAUCAAUCGCGAUUAUAAGGUUGCAUAUAUUACCUUCAUCUCGCUCCUCUCGCUUUCUAUUCCGGUGCUGGCCGGUGGAGUGUUCACGGCAGUAUUCUUCUCCGCAGACAGUCAAGUCAGGAUUGUCGCCAGCAUGCCUGGGUACAUUGCAUUGUGUGUGCUGGUCACUAUCUAUGCACUAUCGUACUUGAUCAUCUGGCCGACCAGGAAGCGAUAUUUGCCGCACAGUAUCAACACGAUUGCGGCACUCCUGAGUUGGCUAUAUGCUAGCCCAUUGCUCGGCGAUGUCGCCCUGCAGAACAUUGGAACCAAAGCUGACUUGGCCGAGAGAUUGACAGGGCCAACUGCGACUCCAACUCCAUUGACUGGUGACGCCGUAAUCGACGAGAAAGGUCGUCGAUCACGGCGUGCUGUCCGCCGUCUGGCGCAGGACGCUGGGAUGAGAUAUGCCUUCGGAAUCUUCGUCGGUCGUGACGGCAAAGAGCACCUUGGCAUCGACCGCUUGCAAAGGCCGGGUAGUCGAGAAAUGCUGGUUGUGUCGACUUCGCGCUGA